AUGGCGUCCGAUCAGGACAACUCCGGCCUCGAUGCGCCCGGCUCACAAUUCCACCGACCAAUCUUGCAAUCUAUGCCCGAUACGCGACAGCAGAGCUUUGACGAGAUCUACGGUCCUCCAGAGAACUUUUUAGAGAUUGAGGUCCGCAACCCAAGAACACAUGGCAUGGGCCGCCACAUGUACACAGACUACGAGAUCCUCUGCCGUACAAACAUUCCCGCCUUCAAGCUUCGUCAGAGCAGCGUCCGUCGUCGAUACUCCGACUUCGAGUACUUCCGCGACAUCCUCGAGCGCGAGAGCGCCCGCGUUACUAUCCCUCCUCUGCCCGGAAAGGUCUUCACCAACCGCUUCAGCGACGAUGUUAUCGAAGGUCGUCGCGCAGGCCUCGAGAAGUUCCUCAAGAUCGUCGUCGGCCAUCCCCUGCUGCAGACGGGGAGCAAGGUCCUGGCUGCCUUUGUCCAGGACCCUAACUGGGAUCGCAACGCUUGGUGA